CACAAACCCAAGUUGGUGAAACGUCACUUCAAUGUUGCCAUCGUUACCAGCCGAAGUAAAAAAAAAUCUUGUAGGUACUUUAAAAGGAUGGGAUAGCAAAUUCACCCGCUCAAUGCACGUUGGCAGCCAUCGAUUAACACGAAACACCAGCUCCACUGGGUAUUGCAGAGCUUCACCGAUUCCCAGGUAGCUACUGCCACAUUGUUUAUCCGACCGCACCAGAUUCGUCGCUGGAACAGAGCAACGCUCACCGAGAAACGUCUUCUGGCAGUUUGACAAUUGCAGAGUGAGAUGGCAACGCUGAGUGACGAGGAGCAGGAGUUGAUCCAGCAGGACCGUGAGGCCAACCCGGGCUGCUUCUACUCGACGGCACUGUCGCAAUCAUGCAGGUCCAUUAACGGCGACAGUAAGUGCGAGAUCAUUAAGAAAAUCUUCCGCCAGUGCCCCAACGCACGCAAGGAGCUCAUCUCGAACCGCAAGGAGAUCACGGAAGAUGAACACGGGGGCGAGGCCACGGCUGGAGACUUUUUCAACAGGGAGAGGAUGGACCCACGCAAAGGAGGCGAACAGGAGUUUGGCACGUUUUUCCAGCGACGAGGUGACGAUUUUGAAGCACAAAUGAGCCCGUUCGACUUUUUAAGACAAGAAAUGCUGCGUCCUUUUGAAGAAUUCUUUGGUGGCGGCUUGUGGAGAGGCGACUCGAACCCGUUUGAAGGUCUAGAGAGAGAAUUUGAGCGGAUGCCGGUGCGCCCGCCGUCCCCAACGCCACAUCGACCAUCGCGACAGACGCCGCCGAACCCGCCACACUACUCAUUCCAGCCCUCACAAGGCAACGGAUCUAAUGAAGCCGAUGCAAAAGCACGCGCACAGGGCAAGAGGGACAUGUUCGCAGACUACUCGGGACGCGUGGAAGAAAUAUAGGAAUUGCUUAGUAGGCAGCAUUUUGGUCUGAUUACGAUGGGGCAGGUUAGCAUCUAAGGGACUAUACUCUUUGUUGAAUACACUGCCGUAUUGUGAGCAGCAGGAAGAGUUGAACAUCACCACGAUAACGUGAUAUACAGUUAUUAGUGUCCUUCUAGUCUUCUUCAUGUGGGGGGCGAACUCUGCAUAGGAGGAUCUGCAGUCCAGUACAGACGAAGGACAGACCGGCUUGUAGGCGAAGACUGUACAAUUGAAUUCGUGGUUUGCUGAAGACUGGUUCAUUGGUAUUGCCGCUUGCAGCGAUAAUUUGCAGACGCAGAUUUGCAAUGAAACUGGG